AGAUGGCCAUAAUAAUACUCUGCUGCCAUCAUGUGGCAAAGAGCAUCACUUACACCCUCGCCACAGCUAUUACACACCAUCUGUUGUUGGUGUUUACAUGGCAACAGUCUUCCGUUACCUGGUACAGGUGAGAACCAGGCAAGGCAAACAACAGAGCAGAAGAGCUGUGGGGAGGACAACAGAACAAACAUGAACACCCUCUUCUCCAGCAGGGAUGUCCAGGUGAAGAGCAUGGAGCAGACAGUGAAACAUGCUGAGAAGUACCUGGGUGAGAUGUGCACCCUGCUAGCCUCCUACACCAGGAAAACAGCCAAGAUCAGAGACAAGGCAGACCUCCUGGUGGCUCAGCUCUUUGACUUCUCCAGCACAGAGGACCCAGAGCUCCAGACUGGCCUGAAAAACCUGGCUGAAGACCUGGCCAUGGUGCAGGACUACAGACAGGCUCAGGUAGAGAGACUGGAGACAAGAGUUGUUGCUCCUCUAAAAGCCUAUGGAAACAUAAUCAAAAAUAAAAUGAUAGAUCUGAAGAAGUUCAGCACUGAUCUGAACAGGGAGCUGAAAGAGUUGCAGAAACUGGAGAAAAUCAGACUGCGGAACCCAGCAGAUCGACAGAGCAUUUCUCAGGCAGAAGUAAAUGCACAGAAGGCUUCCAACAAUGCCCAGCACAGUAUCAGACAACUGGAGGAGACCAUCACAGACUUCCAGAGACAGAAGCUGGAGGAUAUCAAAAGGAUUUUCACAAACUUCAUCACAGUGGAGAUGCUCUUCCAUGCUAAAGUGCUGGAGGUCUAUACACACACAUACCACAACCUGGAGGCAAUGAACAUUCAAAAGGAUCUGGAGCUGUUCAAUGGACGUAUCAAGGUGUCCGACUCUCCGGCUGGGCGCCUGGACACCCCUCUGAGCAGUUACUCUUCUCCCCUCAUGAGCCGCUACCCCAGUCCUCCUCUGGCCUCCCCUAAAGGUCAAAGCCUCAGGUCAAUGCUGGCCUCUACCACAGGCCAAAACCACAGACAGCAACACAGCCAAUACCCAGACACAGCCAGGAGGUCUCGCAGCACCUUACAAUGUCAGAGAGGCGUGGAGGAGGAGGAAGAGCUGGUGGAGGAAGAAGAACAAGAGGAGGAGACGUAUGAAUCAGAGAUAGAGGAGGGUCAGCACACCAGCAGGCAGUCUUAUGCUGCUCAAUAUGCCAAGAUGUGCAGAUGGCAAAAGUAACAGCCUGUGCACAGAAAAGUACACAUAUACACAGACACAACUUAUACACAGUGCUGCGUAAAUGGUGUGUUAUGUAGUUUCUUCCAUACUGAAAUAGAUAUGCUGGUGACUGUACAGCUGUCUUUCCAUCAGCACAUCUUUUUAUUACUGUUGUCACCAGGUGCAGUCUUUACAAAUUAUGUUUAUACAAUAUUAGUAAUGUAACACUGAAUGCACUGAAAAGUAUGUUUUGGUCAGGUAGUAAGUGCUUUAUUUGCUUCCAAUCUCCGCUGGAAAGGAGUCAGCAGACAAAAUGACAAGUCUUGCAAGUUGGAGAUAUGAAGAAAAACUCACACCUACAGUAUCAUAAUGAGGUGCUAGCUCACAGGUAGACAUCAAAUAAAGAAGUGGGUAACAGCACACAUAACACAAAUGCAAUAUUUUUGUUUGAAGUUCAAGAAAUCAACAUUUCGGCACAUCUUGACUUUAUAGACUACAUUUGACUAACAUAGAUUUAAAUUCACUGGUCAGUCAAAAUUAACACAGAGUUCCUUGAAGAUGUAAUUUAUAGCAAAGAAAGACCUCCAUCAUGAUUUUCUGUAUACGCUCCAAUUCCAUUUAUAAUACGUGAUAUUGACAGGAAUAUUAUAAUAUUAUAAAGCAUUCGGUCGAGACCUGUUCUAUAGGAAAAGUGCAAUGAGAUAACUUCUUUGGCGCUAUAUAAAUAAAAUUGAAUUGAAUUGAAUGCAUUAUUUGAUUUUCUUGUAGUUUUUUUCUAAAUAAAUACAGUAUAUAUGUUGCUAAAUGCUUAUUUUGUAUUUUUUCCUUGUAAAUCUUGAUAUUGUACAUGUGUAUUACACAUUGACUUUAAGGAUAUUUUUCUGUCUUUACAGAUUUUUUUUUGUUACAUCCAAUGACAACAUUUUUUAAAAUUUUGGCUUUCUGAAAUAUUGCAUGCAUGGCAAGAACAAUAUGGUUAAGGUUAGGGGAAGAUGGUGGUUAUUAUUGUAGGACUGUGAUAGGCCAAGAACUCCAGUCACCUGCAUAAAAGUCAUAUGUGCUACACAUUCAUCCACCACCCCAACCUCUACACUCUUAUUUUCCACCUCGCUUCAUAAAGGACACACUACUUCCUGCGUUAGCACUGGACAUAAAUUGUGAGGUGCAGAAUCAUCCAUUAUGGACGUAAAGUCACGGGAUACCAGGCUGGUGUUUCUAUGUUGAUACCUUGUGAGCCCUAAUUUGAACCUGCUGUCCUAGACACUAUUUAUGUCAAAUAAUUGCUGGCUUUUAUCAUGAAGAAGGCUAAAUGUGCCGAAAUGUGGAUUUCUAGAACUUGAAAUAAAACGAUUGCAUCAGAGUUAUGAUUUUUAUAAAGUCUUGCAAAUAAUGUUUUUGGAGUAUCCCACUUGCAUUUUUGUUAAUGCAAACAUCAUAUCCCAGGUGCAUAUGUCCAGAUAAGCCUUUAUACUUUUAUAUAUGCUGCAUAAAAGCUUAUACUAUUAUAUAAGCUUUUAUACAGGUUUCUGUUCACCGGAUGCUAUCUGCACAUGCAUAUUUUCAACUUGACUGAUGUAGUAAAAAAACAAAUAUGAUAUUAUAAUGAUUUACUUGUGAGAAAUAAAUGAGUAUUGUUUGCUGUG